AUGGCCGAGCCUCUGGGGCGGCGUCCAGCCCUCCCCCCCGCCCCGCUCUCCCGCCCUGUCCCCGUCGCUGCGCCCGCCGCGCGCGGAGCGGGGACGCGAGCCAUGGAGGAGACACCGCCCCCGGGCUGCAGCAAGCCGCACCUGGAGAAGCUGACCCUGGGGAUCACCCGCAUCUUAGAAUCUUCCCCAGGUGUGACAGAGGUGACUAUCAUAGAGAAACCACCUGCUGAACGUCAUAUGAUUUCUUCAUGGGAACAAAAAAAUAACUGUGUGCUGCCUGAGGAUGUGAAGAAUUUUUACCUGAUGACCAAUGGCUUCCACAUGACAUGGAGUGUGAAGCUGGAUGAGCACACCAUUCCAUUGGGCAGCAUGGCAAUUAACAGCAUCUCAAAACUGACUCAACUCAACCAGUCUUCUGUGUAUUCACUCCCAAAUGCACCAACUCUGGCAGACCUGGAGGAUGAUGCACUUGAAGCCAGUGAGAACCAGCCAGAGAAGCCUCACUUUGAUUCUCGCAGCGUGAUAUUUGAGCUGGAUCCUUGCAAUGGGAAUGGGAAGGUUUGCCUUGUCUACAAAAGAGGGAAACCAGCGUUAGCACAAGACACUGAGAUCUGGUUCCUGGACAGAGCAUUAUACUGGCAUUUUCUCACAGACACCUUCACCGCUUAUUAUCGCCUGCUCAUCACGCACCUGGGCCUGCCGCAGUGGCAGUAUGCCUUCACCAGCUAUGGCAUUAGCCCGCAGGCCAAGCAGUGGUUCAACAUGUAUAAACCCGUCACCUACAACACAGACCUAGUUGCAGAAGAGACCAACUCCUUCGUAAACAAGCUGGAUCCCAGCAAAGUGUUCAAGAGCAAGAACAAGACCUUAAUCCCCAAAAAGAAAGGGCCAGUCCAGCCUGCAGUUCUCACAGGUGCAGCAGCAGAGGAACUAGGAGAGCAGUGGUGCCCUUCACAUCAGUGGGAGUCCUCAGGAGGCUAUAGAAGAGAGAAGGAAGGGGGCUCCGUGAAGGAAAGGAGAGCAAUGAAGAGCCAGGCUGGCUACCUGAGGUGCAGGACCCAGAGCGAAACAAAGAUGUGGGGCCUCAUGUCUAAAAAUUAGGAAAAUAGUACCAUUAAAAGUACUGAAAUGUUCUUUCUUCCAUGGUCUCUCUCACAUCUUGUUAUGCGGGGUUUUUACUUGCUACUUAAUGCUGUCCUAAGUAAUGAAAAAAUUUAAAUUCUAAAUUAUUAGCAUUAAUUUAUUCAUCUUUAUAGUACACAAUUCCUGUUUUCAGUGCAACUAGAAGAGAAGUGAACUCAUGCAGAAUCACGAAAAUUUGUAUUUCAUAGCUUAUGUGUACAUGUUGUAUGAUAUACAUAUUUUAUCCUCACUAGAACACUGGAAACACUGCAGAAAAGCCUUGCUCAACUAUCAUUUCCCUCCUUGAUAUGUACACAUUCUGUCAACACUCUUUCACCUUACUGAUGAGUAAUGAAGGACUAAAAGAAAAACUAGGAGCUGCCCUAUGUUUUCUUUUUCUCCUAAGUCAUUUUCAGCAGACGUGGAUGACUAACAAAGGAAAAUGACAAGAAUAAAAUAAGAAAAGUAACAAGAGUAGAAAAAGGAUAUGACGGGGUUCCAGGGUCAUUCACACUUCUUAGAAUGCUAUUACCUUUCUUUUGCAUUCAAGUCAUGUCCGGUUCCAAUGGAAAGCAUGGCCUCUUGGGCUCUAAGUGCCCCCACUUACUCAGUUGUAGGAAUAACUUGCUUAUAUUGGAUCUCUUCUCAACCUGCACAUGGUGGGUCUGCUGGAAUUCUGCGCACACCGGCAUCACAAAGUGAAUGGGGUGGUGGGGAGCAGUGGACACCCUGCAGGGAUCGCCUCUGCUCCUGUGUAUGUGGUUUUGUCUCAUCAGACUUCACUUAUAAAACACAAGUUCAAAGACAAGAUUAAGAACUCCAGACAGUGACAGGAGAGCAUUCAACCAUGUGUGGGGCACUCUGUGAUGAUGCCCAUCACAUGCCUGUGAAGCCGCCCCUGUGAAGGAACAAGCUAGCUCUCCUGGGGAAAGGUGCAGACAGCCCGUAAGCUCGGUGUGCUAGCUGGGGAGAAAAUUCACCCAUGAGAGUUGUGUCGCCAAACCAAAGCAACUGACAUGGCAGGAGGCUCUACUGUAAAUCAGCUGCCCAGAAAGAGAUACUCUGCUGGAAUCGCAAAAUGAGAAUCAAUGGCAGGAUGCCUCACGAUGCACUGGCGUAGUUAAGAUUGUGCGCGAAGUGCCACAUCCUUGUGCUGCAUGGGUCCUACAGCCCGGAAGUGCCCCAGCCAAGGACGGGACUGACAGGGGGACUACCUGCUCAUAAUAAUCCAUAGAAUCUCUCCCUUGACGCUGUGCCUCCCCAAACCUGAAUAUGCAUCCCCGUCAUUGGACUUGUGUGUAGAAAAUCAGAUACUCCUGUCCCACUCCAGACCCACUCAAUCAAAACUGCAAGGAAAUACCAGGACUCUUCAUCAACUGCACUUGUGACAAGAAUGCUGACCGAGCCCGAAGCUUUCCACCUAAUGGGUCUGAGGGGUUGUGCUUGCACUGCAUGGACAUGAGCUCAAAAGCUGUUUUUCAUCUAGAAAAGCAUGGACAAUGAUUGGAUCAGAAGGACCAAGGGACCCUGUGUGAACACAUGUAUUUUUUAAACCUUUUAUUAUGGAGAAUUUUAAAUAUUUACAAAGAUGGAAUAACAAACCCAUGUAUGCAUCA